AUGUUUUGCAUGUCAAAAAACUCAAAUACCACUGUGAUGGGGUCUUAAAAUCCUACUAAUUUCAAGCUUAAUAAGGUUCAAUCAAAGGAAUGGUUCUACUUUAUAGAGCAGUAACUUAAUUCCAUGAGUAAAGACUCUAAAUGGACUGUUAUUCUUCAAGAAUAGCUAUACGAUUCCUUAAACAUGAAUCACCAAAGCAAAUAUCAAAUGAAGAUCAGAUCAAUAUAUUAGUAGAUGAUGAAAGAUUAAGCCUCGGAAGAGCUCAGAUAAUCAGUCAAUAUCAUAUAAAAAACUUAAACACCUGUGUUGGAUCAUAAAUAUCAUAAACGCCUCUUUAAAGAGAUCACUAUGCAAAUCAACUCUGAGGGUCAUUUCUUUAGAGUUUUAAACCUAUAAUUCCACAAGUUCUAUACCCGCUAAUAUCGCAAGUAUGUUCUCAAAAAGAAAACAGGCGAAAAGAUAUCAACUAUUUAAGAUUUAUCAUAGAAAAUUGAGUAAGCAACAGUUCGUCUUAGGAAAGAUUAGUGGGAUCAGCUUUCUUCGGAUUCACAAAAAGAGCAACUAGACAUCAAUCUCUCUGAUAAGAUACUUGGGGAUGUCAAAAAAUAUAUUGCUAUUCAACUUUUUGCAGUUUUGAGAUUUUAUAUGGCAGCUAUUAAUUAAGACUAGUAGGUCAAGGAACCACUUCAAGAAAAAAUUAUGGCCUUCGUAACUAAGAAGAUAUUGUCAGGUAAUGUUUACAAAAUUGCUCUUGCAAUGUGUCGGUAUGAAACAAUGACUCUAGAAAAGAGAUUUCGAGCUCAACUUAGAAGACUUAAUAAAUAGUAGAUGACGACAUAAGAUUUAGACAUUUGCAAAUAUUUCCUGUUGAAUGAAUAAAGUUAAAUUAAAGAAAUUUAAAGAGAACUAUUGGUGAAAAGGACUAUUAAAAACCAAAAAUUUGCUAUAAAUAACGAGUUCGAUGACCUUAACGAUGAGAAUGAUUGUAACAUUAAUGACGAAGAUUAUUUUUGCAAUAAACCUUUGUUUAAUGAAAUUUAAUCUACAAGAUCUAAGACAUCAGGAGAUUCCAAUCAUAAUAACUAAAAUGAUAGAAAUAAUAAUAUUUCAUAAAAAUUCAAAUUUAAAAACAAUCGGGAUAGAUAAGAUACUGUAACUCUACUAAUGGACUUGACAAAAGAAGUUGAAACUUUAUAAAUAAUUGGAGAGAGAUCCAUACCUGAUGUUGAGGAAAUAGAGAGAAGAUUAAGAGUUAGUCCUUAUAGUAAAGUUAUAGAUAAAUUGAGGUCUAUUAAGGAUUUUGAAAAUCCUUUAAGAAAAAUAAAAGUUAUUGAUGAAGCCAAACAUUGCAUUUCUGAGUGUAUUGAUGAAUUCUGGAAAGGUUUGAAUCUCAACCAGGAUAAUCUAAUGAUAGAUGCAGAUCAGUUGGUAUCAAUAGUAACCUACUCAAUAAUAAAAAGCCAGAUGAAAGAUUUGCCAGGAUAAUUAAAGCUUAUUGAGGAAUUCACAAGUGUUUAAGUCUAGAAUAGCAAAUUCGGUUAAGCCUUAUUCACAGUAAAAGCUGCAACGGAAAAUAUUGCUCAUGGUAUUUUAGUAAGAAGAAUGUCAUCAAUGACCAAGUUGAUGCGUUCAAUAACAAGAGGCUCUAAUAAUAAUAAUGAUGAUAAUAAAGGGUAAUAAAGCUAUACAAUAAAGAAUACUUUUACGAUGGUCGAAUGUAAAGAUAGCGAAAACGUUUCAGAUGAUACUGGUGGUCAUUCAUUCACAAAUAGAUUGUCAACAUUCACGAAAUAGGUUACUAGUAAGCAAGCUUAUAGGAGAGGAAUGACAAUUUAUUCUAUCAUAGAUCCAUUCCUAACUGAAUUGGAAGAUUAUGGGCAAGAAAUCGAUGGCUACAAUUCACUUUUUAGUGAAGAAGAAGACUCAGAGACUUUUGAACAGCUUAACACUUCAGCUAAUAUUUGA